CAAAGGAUCGCAACAUAACCACUCGGACAUGAUCGAAAAUUCGCCUCUGCGGAGAUGCCCAUGGCUAAUGGAAUGGAAAAAUUGUCAAUUUGAGUGCACAUCAUGUGGGUUUUCAGUACUACAAUACAACAGAUGCACCUGUAGUUCUGAGUGCUUCUGUCCAGAAUGCACACGAGUUUUAGAGUCCCAAGCAUACCAAACUUUUCUAAGAAAUUCAAAUGUGGAGUAUCGGUGUUCAUGUGUGGAGAAAUCUCUACAAAAAUCUUGCCUUUCAAAUUCAGAAGAAUUCAUAUCAAACUCUCAAGUAGAAAAAUCAUUAGAGUACCAAAGUGAAAUUAACCAAGCAUUCGUCCCAGACAAUUCUGUCGAAGGUUCUGAUACCAUGUUCACACAGCAUCCAACAGAAAAACUUAGCAACGGCCAUGUGUCUCCCCUGGAGGAGAAUAGGAAAAACUUUGAGAUGAAUCUGGAUCUUUUCCUGAGAUCGAAAGGUGUCCAAAAAGAACGCAAAGUUUCUAAUGCUUCCAGAAAAUUCUACGAGUAUCAAGAUAAAUUGAUAGCGGGGUACGAGGAAGCGGAGAAACCAAAGGACGACAAACAAGCUCGGUCUAAAUCACUGAGGAAAAAGACGUCAUUGUAUGCCAAAAUUAGUUUUGCUGCAAAUCUGGUUUUACUGGCGGCCAAGAUGACAGCGGCUAUCCUGUCGGGCUCCAUGGCCAUCAUAACCAGUCUCGUCGACAGUGUGGUGGAUCUAGUUUCUGGUUUCGUUGUCUGGAUAACGACCAGAGCUGUCCGUAAAACUAACCAUUUUAAAUAUCCUAAUGGGCGCCACCUGUUGGAACCUCUUGCAGUGAUUCUGUUGUCGGUCAUCAUGGGAAUGGCAUCGUUACAGCUUCUGAAGGAGGCGCUCGGUAAAAUCACAGCCCUGUCUAAUGGAUCUAUAGCACCGCCCACGGUGGAUUACAUCACCAUUUCUAUAUCAUGCGUCACUAUAGUACUAAAGUUGAUCCUGUUUCUGUUGUGUCGACGCAUCAUGACCCCUACGGUACAAGCCCUGGCCCAGGACCAUAGGAAUGAUGUCUUAUCUAAUACAUUGGCCAUUGUCUGCGGAUAUAUAGGAUCAAAGGAAAUCCAGGACGAGUUAGGAGAAAGAUGUCUUGUAUUUGUGGAUCCAGUUGGGGCCAUAAUUAUUUCCCUAUACAUAGCAAUCACUUGGUACAUUACCGGAAGAGAUCAAACCAAGCUUUUGACAGGCUACAAAGCGGACCCAGUCAUUGUCAGUAAAUUGAUUUGGCUUUGUAUGAACCAUCACAACCUCAUAGAAUCAGUUAAUCACGUGAGCGCAUAUCACGUGGGGUAUGACAUCACAGUUGAACUGGACAUUUGUGUCUCAGCAGACUUGUCAAAUUACAAGGCACAGGAAGUGAAGGAUUCUUUGAAAUCGAGGCUGGAAAAGGUUGACAAUAUCAGUAAAGUUUACAUCAGCGUGGUUUCAUAUAGUGAGAAACAAUGUAGUAAAUUGUGAAAGAUGCCUUUUGAUAUAGAUGUCUCAGAAACAGGAGUUCUAUAGUGAAAAACAAUGUGGCCUAGUAAAUUGUGGAAGGUUCUCAAAGGAGUAUGCUUUCAUUGAAUGACUGCCUGAUUAAUUCAGCUACAUAUGUUUCAGAGACAGAAAUCUGAAAAAGUAAUGACGUGGUACAAGACAGAAUGAAGAGAGAAAAAAGUGCUUCAACAUCUUUUACUGAUUUACACGUGUAGAUAAUUGUAUACGUAGGAAAAACAGUGAAAUGAAUAGUUAUUCUCUCUAUUCUCUCUAUUACUUGUAUGACUUUAACUAAAACGUAAAUUAUGUCCUCUCCA